CAGAACCAGCUGAACGACUGUACCAUGCUUCGCAAUGUCCUAGGAAAAACCUUUCGAUUUCUUGGGUAUACCGUGCAAUACGGCUGCAUAGCGCAUUGUGCCUUUGAGUACCUUGGAGGAAUUGUUGUGUGUUCUGGACCUUCAAUGGAACCAACCAUUCACAAUUCUGAUAUUGUCUUUUCGGAGAACCUUAGCCGCCACUUUUAUUGCAUUCGAAAAGGAGAUAUUGUAAUUGUGAAAAGCCCAAAUGACCCCACAGCAAAUAUCUGUAAAAGAGUAAUUGGCUUGGAAGGGGAUAAAGUCUGCACAAGCAACCCUUCAGAUUUCCUUAAGAGUCACAGCUAUGUGCCUAAAGGACAUGUUUGGUUAGAAGGUGAUAAUCUCAGGAAUUCUACAGAUUCCAGGUGCUAUGGACCUGUUCCUUACGGGCUGAUAAGAGGACGCAUUUGUUUUAAGAUAUGGCCUCUGAAUGACUUUGGAUUUCUACGUGCAAGCCCAAAUAGCCAUAGAUUUCUUGAUGAUUAACAGAUUUAAGUGACUAUUGCCAGCUUUCAUAAUACUUUCUACUAAAAUCAACAGAACUAUUUUUGUUUAGAAUAAACAGAAGCAUUACUUGACAAA